CAGCAUCUCUGUCUGACUCUUCAUCCAUUCUCCAACUCUUUCUCUCCCCCCUUAUUUCUCUCCCACUUAUUCAUGCUCUCCGCCCAUCCUGACUCAACAGCCUCCACCUCCUCCCCCCUUGUCUUUCACCUCUCGCCUCCGACUAUCAUCUCUUUCUUAAACAGUCUGCUUUGGUUUGCAUGUACGCUGCAUCAUGAUGCAUAUGGGCAACAUCUUGGGUCUCUCCUUGUUCCUGUGUCUGAGCUUAGGAUGGACGAGUGCCCAGCAGAGCAACUCCACCAGGCCUGUAUUUCACUGUGGAGGAAACCUGGUCGCGGACUCAGGCUUUGUUGGCAGUGAGGGGUUCCCAAGCUUCUACAAACCUAACAGUAAAUGCAGCUGGCAUAUCACUGUCCCACAGGGGAAUGUGGUCAUGCUUUCCUUCCGCAUCUUUGACCUGGAGGCUGACUCACAGUGCCGCUACGACUAUCUGGAUGUUUACAAUGGCAAUUCCAACUUGGUGCAAAAACUUGGUCGCUUUUGUGGAACUUUUCGACCUGGCACUCUUAUUUCCACCACAAACUCCAUGAUGCUGGAGAUGGGGAGUGAUGGAGAGACGCAGGGCAGAGGCUUUGUGGCUUACUUCAGUGGAGCCCAACCAUAUGUAGAUGACCAACAGUUCUGUGGGGGGAAGACAACAAAGUCCCAGGGAGAGAUCAAGACGCCAAACUGGCCUGAGAAGAAGUACCCACCAGGAACCAGUUGCUCCUGGCUCAUCACCGUGGAGCCUGAUAUGGUGAUCCAGGUGAAGUUUGAUAAGUUUGUGUUGGAGGCUGACACUUAUUGUCGGUUUGACUACGUAGCUUUCUUUAAUGGUGGGGAGAAAGACGAUUCCCGUCUGAUUGGGCGAUACUGUGGCGAUCAGGCCCCUCAGCCCAUUAUCACCAGCGGCAACGUGCUCCUGGUCCAGUUUGUGUCCGACCUCAGUGUGACAUCUGACGGCUUCUUCGCCCAGUACACCAGCAUCCCACGAGGUUCUCAUAUACCCCCAGUUGAUGCAGGGGCUGGUACAAGGGCAGUUCCUCCAAAACCUGCAGUAAAACCUGCUGCCCCUAAACCCGCCACUACCAUUGCACCACCACCUGCGCCCACACAGAGACCCAGACCAGUCAAACCCACAAGAGGCAGAGGACAGGGCACCACAGGCCAGGACAGGAGGGUGCCCGUCACAAGACCCAAUGGAAAGAGACCAGUAGCUCAGAAUCCUCUGUGUGCCAAAGCCUGUAAGAAAGACGGAAACAUCAAAACAAGUUUCUGUGCCAGUGAAUUUGUAAUUACCGGGAAGGUGACCUCUCUGGCCCCAGGGCCCCGGGGAACUCUUCAGGUCAGCAUCUCCCUCAUCAAGGCUUACAAGGCAGGCCGCCUGACAAUCACACAAGUGGGAGAGACCAUGUCUGUGAAGCUGGUGGCACAGUGCAAGAAGUGCCCGCUGCUCCGCAGAGGCGGGAACUACAUAAUCAUGGGUCAGGUGAAUGAUGACGGACGUGGCACUCUGGCUCCCGGUGCAUUCACAGCUCCAUACAAAGCCCCACAUGACAAGUUAUUAAUGAACAUCAACAACCAACGCUGCUAACCUCACAUCUGUCCACAUCAGGAAGUUCAGAUGAAUUAUCAGUCACACAAACAUUACAAUGUGAAAUACAGAACUAUUGAAGCACAGUAUUAUCCACCAUUUUAAAGGAACACAUGCCUUAUGUUUGUAAUUUAUAUAUAAAUAAAGGUUUUAUAUCUCGUUGAAAAA